AUGUCUCACUCUGCCCCCCGUGGUGGUAACGGACACCAAAAUAGUACUGAGAAGGCUCGAUGUGUAGUCCGAACACCACAGCCGAUCGACGGACGCACGAGCUGGGGAUUCCAGCGCAAGCACAUGCGCACCAGCAGGCAGACACUCCAACACAAGGACAAGUGCCCGCUGAGGACGAGACCAACCAACAACCAACUGUUGUACAAGGCAUACUUCCGUUGGCAGCACUUUCCCAAGACAUCCUAUGACAAUGAAAUGCAUCUGAUGUCGGAAACUGAUGCAUGUGCCAGCGUGACAGCUGCCUUUCUGCAGGUGCUGGCUGGCCUGCAGGAUGCUGAGGUAGCGAUAUCCAGCCAACCACGCAACAUCUUUAAGAUUCUGUCGACAGACACCCGACACACAAAGGUUGUUGAUUUAUCUUCGGCCACGCACAGAGUGUCUGAUGAGUUGCGGCGGCACUGCCUAACUGACAAUGCUGGAAGCCAAUAUUCCACAAAUUUGGACCGUAACCGAUAUGGAACAGAUGACCAAUACAUGUUCACUGUAAUUCGUCACAACUUGCGGACUUUGGACCUUUGCCCCUGCCUAGUGGAUGUGGAAGUGCUGGACCAGAAGAGCAAUGAGAGCAUCCUGGUGUCUGCUGGAGCAGAUGCAUGCUCUUGCCAAAACAGGGAUGGUGGUGGGCUAAAUGGCCAGCUCUUGAGGCCCACCAUAAGCACGAGUGAAAGAUUUGAUGCUCUGAUUGCUGCUGCAACUGGUGAAACAGAGUGUAGCGAUCAUAACGAUGGCCCCAACAGCCCACCUUCAUUGCGUUCGAAGUCUUUGUCACUCCCGAGGAGCAGGCUGCUGCACACUUCACAGUGCGAGGUGGACAGCCUGCAGCAAGCGAUGAGAACUUACAAGGCAGAAGAUGAAGUGGUCAACGGCCUUUACCACAUGUCCGAAUCUACCAGGGACAGCUCCAAACGUGUGAAGCGUUCUUGCUCCUCCCUGAACCCUCCUCGACUGUUUGGCAGUGGCCUCAGCGACAUGCCUUGGAGUGGACUUCCUGAGAAGGUGGAGGACAAUGUUCGGGGUGAUGUGCAACCCGAAGCCCUGGAGGCCCACCAGGAGGCACAGAUGCCCACUCAGGACCCAAUGGUGGCCACUGGGAAGCGGGGAAGGGAGCCAGAGGGUGAUCUGGCACAGUGGCACCAGGUUCGCUUUGUGGGGAAGCAGUCAUCGGUGUGUCGUGCAACACCAUCUCAGGUGACACCCGUCGAAUUCAAACGGCUGGGAGCAGAGGUAAGAGAUCUGGCUAACGAAUUUCGGCAGGCCCGAGAGGAGCUAUGUGUUGCAAAAAGGGAGGCAGAAAGUUCUGCAGCAUGCAGAAGGGAGGUGGACAAUGAUCGCAAACGGCUGAGGAGAUUGGAAAAUGAUGUUGAAGCCCUGCGGACUGAGGUGGCAAAGAUUCAGGCAGAGAAAGCAUCUUCUGAUGAGAGGGCAAAGGACGACUUGACCAUGAGCAGAGAAGUGAUCAGCCUGUUGCUCAGGCGGCUGAAUGGAUUUCUAGCAAACCCAGCAGGAGGGCAGGGCGCGGCGAAUUGUGAUGUCCUGAAGCAGAUGCGGCCUCACGCUCCCAUGCCGGAGAAUAUGAGUGGGCUGCCUGUUCAAGCAAGCGACACACCCUUGCAAGCAACGGCCUCCUCGCAGCAGCUAAGUGUCCAGGAGCGAAUGUUCUCUCAGUCCCAUGCACAGGUGCAGGCACAGGCCCAUGCACAGGCACAGGCUGAUGCUCAGGCGCAGAUUCAGUGCCAUGGCCAGACAGAUCCGCAGUCCCUGGUGGCCAUGCUGAGUCCCAUGAAUCAGAACUUCAUGUUGAGUCUUGGAGGACAGAGCACGUCCAGCACUGUACUGUCUGUCGGUGGCAACAUGGAUCAAACGCUGAUCCCUGUGUCACAGAUGCCCUUGCUGCAGACACCUGCGCCAUCCGACAUGUUGCCGCUUGGCAUUGGUGACCCCCUGUCUGUGAGGGCGAGCCUGGAAACUUCCAUUGCAUUAGGUGCUGCUGGCAGGGGUCUGGAUGCCAGGAUGCUUGGAGGUCAAGUCCCCCACCCACACCAGGGCCCAGCCAGGGUAAAAAUGGAGUACCCAAAGGGCCUGCCACAAGGUCUUCUGCUGGAAAAGCUGGAGCUCGAAAAGUUGGCUUCACAAGUGGGGAGUCAAGUGCUCCCUCAAGGCAUGUGA